AUGGUCUCUAUGGUCGGGGACAAGACCAUCAACUACAUUAAGGGAAUAUUCUUCAUUUUGGCCGGAAUUCUCAUCCUCAUUCCUGUCUUCUGGAAGGCCAGGGCAAUCAUCAGCGACUCCUCCAAAUUGUUGUUCGGAGAGAAGAGGGAACUGGGGGGAGCGCUCUACAUCGGCUGGGUGGGUGCAGCCUUUCUCCUGAUUGGAGGGGCCAUACCUAGCAGAACUCCGUAUACAAGCAGAACAGAGGUUGCAGGCAUCCCCACAGGGGUCAUAGGAAGGAUAAUCUCCAUGGUGCCCUGUGCAAUACAGAUUCUGUCCUGGUCCUUCUUCAUCCUCCUUGGGUUUCUAGGGCUGAUAUUAUUGUUUUGCGGGGUCAAAGUACACGAACUGCAUCAAGAGGAAUACUUACAAAGCUGACGGGAAUAACUCUGCUGGAAUAUUGUUCAUCAUGGCUGCUUUUGUCCAGCGGAUCUUUUUCUUCUUUGUUUCCCUUGACAAAACUCCGACCCUGACAACAAUACCUUUAUGUUUUCAGUUGAACUCAGUAGGUGGGCUGCUUCACUGCUUCUGAUAGGAGGGACCAUACUCUUCUGCUGCUUUAAGAAAGAAAAGUGAGAGUUGACAACUGACUCUUAUGCCUUGAAUCUUGUCUUACGUGACCUUAAUUUAUCUUAGGUCUACUACUUCUGUGUUUGUGAAUCUGAGAGCAGCAAAUAGAUGUAAGCAAUAUGAUGAUUGGUGAUGGCUACGCUUCAUAGUCUUCUACACCCACACUGGACCCUGCAGAGUAAGAUUGCCCACCACUUGUCUUGACUCAGUGACACAUGGAACAGGCUCACAGCAUCCACUUCCUUGUCAAAACACUUGAAAGGGACAUGUAGAUGUUGUCUAAGGGCUGGUUGAGGUGGGAUUUGCUAUAGGUAGAGGAACUUCCACCAAAAUAAAUUGCUUUUCCAUUAUUAUGAAUGGCUUUUCCAUAAUUUUUUAUAAUAAAAUGUUAUUCAACUCCUAACUUAAUUUGUUCAUUGGGUGGAGCUGUAUAUUGCACUAGUUUUUCAGCCAUGUGGGUAUCAACCACAACCUGCCUCAAAUAUGUAUAAAUAGGUUGUUUCCAUGACAACAUCACAGCAUUGAGCAGAUAUAGAGGUCUACUGAGUGGCUCAGUUCUCUUAUCUUACAGAAGACCUCAGCAGCAAACUUCAGAGUGUAAGAAUCUGCUGUUCUAGAACUUUGUAAAGACUGAAGGUGCCAUAGCUCCAGGAUCUCCUCUGGAAGUUCAACAUCUCUGCUGUUUUGGAAUAUCUUUGUUGAGUCACAUCGUUCUUCCUCCGGGAAGGGCAGGUGUAGAGAGACGCACCCAGGGACCCAGUAUGUCGAUGGGCAUGGAGAUCAUGGGCAUCGCCCUGGGAGUCAUAGGAUUAAUCAACACCAUUUUAGUGUGUGCACUCCCCACCUGGAUGGAGACAACUUUCAUAGCAGCUAACUUUGGCACCAAGGAGGUGGUCUGGGACGGCCUGUGGAUGAGCUGUGUGAAAAGGAGCACGAGCCAGAUGCAGUGUGAGGUCUACGACUCCAUGCCAAGCUCUGUAUGGAGCUCCAACCUGCAGGCCGCCAGAGCCAUGAACAUCAUCACUAUUAUCCUGGGAUUUCUGGGAGUCAUGGUCUCUAUGGUCGGGGACAAGACCAUUAACUACAUUAAGGGAAUAUUCUUCAUUUUGGCCGGAAUUCUCAUCCUCAUUCCUGUCUCCUGGAAGGCCAGGGCAAUCAUCAGCGACUCCUCCAAAUUGUUGUUCGGAGUGAAGAGGGAACUGGGGGGAGCGCUCUACAUCGGCUGGGUGGGUGCAGCCUUUCUCCUGAUUGGAGGGGUCAUACUUAGAACAACUCUGUAUAAAAGCAGGAUCGAGGUUGCUGGCUUCACCACAGUCACAGGAUGGAUAAUCUCCAUGGUGCCCUGUGCUUGUGCUUUAGGAAUGUUAGACCUUCUGCAAUACAGGGCACUGGUUCUUCUGUCCUUAUCCUGCUUCUCCAUCAUGUUUGGGUUUCUAGGACUGAUAUUAGGUUUAUUCGGGUCAGGCUGCAUCAAGAGGAAUAUGUCUAAAGCUGAAGUGAGUAACUCUGCCGGAAUAUUGUUCAUCAUGGCUGGUAUAGCCCAGCUGAUCAUUACCUCCUUUGUUGCCCUCGACAUGACACAAAACUCGGAACCUGAGAACGUCCUGCGGAGUGAUGCCCUCAUGUUUUCAGCUGAACUCAGUAGGUGGGCUGCUUCACUGCUUCUGAUAGGAGGGACCAUACUCUGCUGCUGCGUUAAGAAGAAAAUAUUUAAGAAAGAAAAGCCGAAGUCGACAAUUGACUCUAAUGACCUAAAUCGUGUCUUACAUGAUCUUUAUUUAUCUUAA